CUCACAAUGAAACGCCGCCCAUGUGCGUCACUCCAUCCUGCGCCACAUGGCUCCGCCGGCCGCCACCAUCGCCGUCCUCGGCGACGACAUCCUGCAGGAGGUCUUCAUCCUCCUCCCAACCCCCGCCGACCUCCUCCGCGCCGCGCUCGCCUGCCAGCCUUUCCUCCGGGUCGCACGCAGCGCAGCUUUCCUCCGCCGCUUCCGCCGCCGCCACCCCUCAACCUGCCCGGUCGUCCUCGGAUGCCUCCUCUACCGCCCCAGCAAGCGCCGCGGGGCCAGCGCCCCUUACCUUCUGCCCGCCGACCUCCUCGGCGCCACGCGCCGCACUAUCGAGGGAGGUGACUUCGCCCUCUCCUUCCUCCCCCGCCGCGGCCGGCCGGAUGGCCCCGGCACCCCGUGGCGGAUCCUGGACUGCCGCAACGGCAGCCUCUUGUUACGUGACGGGGCUUCCGGAGAGCUCGCCGUCGCCGACCCGUUAACCCGGCGCUGGGUUUCACUCCCCGCGCUCCCCGGUGGGCGCCGCGUAGGGUACGCCCUCGUCCCCGACGACGGCGACUCUUCGGCCUUCAAGGCGGUAUGCAUUUCCCGACGCGCUGGAACCACAGAGCUGCGCGCCUUUCUCCUCUCCUCCGCUGAGCUCCGGUGGGCCGACGUGGGUACCCUCGCGCAGCAGCCCAAUCUCGCUGGAUCCCGCGCGAUGCAAGCGAAACGGUCGCUGUACUGGAAGCUAAUGGGUGGGGGGCACAUGGUGGCGCUCAACACCGCGACGAUGGAGCUCACCGUGCUGGCGCUCCCGCCUUUCUUGCGGGAGCAAACUUUCGACGUCAUUGAGAAGGGGGAGGACGGCGCCGGUAAGCUCUGUGUGCUCACAAUGCGUGGAUUAUGCAUUGAGGUUUGGAUCGGUGAGGACGACGGCGCCGGUGGGCUGACAUGGACGCUGUUGGAGAAGUCGGUGAGAUUCUACGGGGCGAUGGAAGCGAUGAUUCUUUCGGAUCCUUUGGACCAGACUCCACAGGGCGAUGUCAUCGGGGUGGCUGCUGGUGUGGUGUUCUUGCGCAGCGGCAGUUGUCUGCUCUCCAUUCAUCUUGAGACCAUGAAGAUGACGAGGCUGUCCCUGGACGUGAAUUGCCCGUCUCCGCUGAUAUAUCCUUACACGAUAGGGUGGCCGCCAGCGAUCUUGAACCCUACUGAACAAGGUGCUUGAUAAGUAUCAGUUCAUCCGAAUCCUCAAUUUAGGUGCUUAACUUAAGGUUGUCGUGGUACAUUUCUGUCUGGGGUUUGGAGUCUGGCUCCUCUGAUACUGAUGCGCGAAUGCUGGAUAGUCUACUUUUCUUCCGAUGGCAUGCUCAAUGAAGAAACUGAAGGCUGAAGAACUUGGCCUAAUGUCACCAAAUGUUGUUAUUGCAGUGAAGUUUGAUAAUUGUUUUAUCUUUUGGUGUUAGUGUGUUUUUAUUUAUUUUUCACUUCUCUGGGGUGUGCCAUGGAUGGAGAUAGCAGCAUCACUGUCCAGGUUUAUUUCUUCAGUUAAUCUUAGUUGAAGGUUUUGUAGGCAAAAAUACAAUGAGAUUUCUGAGAUAGGUUAUGCUUGUCUUUCUAUCAUGUUCGAAUAUAUUGGGCGGAAAGUUCUGGUUCAGGUUUUGAGUGUGGUUUAUCUGAUGCAAAU